CCUCCGCUGCCUCCAUUGAUCGAGCUGGACGAUGCUAUGGUCAAGGAUGCUCAGAUCGACACGAAGUUCGCCAAAGAAUCCAUGACUUGGCAGCAGGAAAAGGAUUUCGGAAACCUCUCGCUUAACAAGCCUCAAUCUGGCCAUCAUCACUGGGUGCCCUUCGCAGCUGAGGAGAAUGCUCCCGUACAACCAGACGACCCGGAUAGCUGGCUAGCUCGGCAAUCCGAAUUCUCCAACCCACCCAAGCAAUCGCGUCAAAACGGCCGUGGUAAGGCAGCCGCUCACCACGCUAGCGCCGUCGAACCUCCCAAACCUACUCUCCCAACUCCACCCCGCAUCAUAGAUCCAGACAAGAACCAGAAGCCGCCAAACAAAAGAUCUUCGCGCAACAACAACAAGAAAGCUGGCAACAAUAUGGCCGGACCGACCAAUGGAAGAGCGAGUGUAUACGUUCCCCCUCACCUCCGCAACUGCAACUCUGCCGAUGGUGGAAAGGCAGACUCUGCUCAUGAUGGCAGCGUCGCUAUCAAUGGAUCGCCUGCUACGUCCGACCAGUCGAAGCUAGCGAUGAACAGCAAGUCUGAUCUUAUCUCCAAUGGUGCAAAUCAUCAGCAAGAUUCGUCUUCUUCGUCACCAACAACCUCGCGCGGCAAUGGAAAGUAUGGGCAGCGUAGAUCUGCGAUGCCUGAACCCGUCGCCUACAACGGCUGGGACGAACCCAAGGCUGAGCCCCCACCUACUACCAAAGCUCCGGGAAAUCCACGAUGGCCUCGAGGUCCACAGCCUUACAAGAAGACAGUCUGGCCCAAGACAAAAGAUAUGAAGUAUAUACCCUCAAGCAGCGACAGUGAUGGCGGCGUCAGCUUCAAGUCUAACAGCAAUGGAGACCCGGAGUACGACAUCAAGAAGCUGACGGACUGGAAUGGUGACUGGCUACCUGUUCCUGAGACUUGGAACGGACGUAAAGGUCACGCAGACCGUCAUUUUGGCGCUCACAUAGCGCAAUGGGUUGACGCAAUCCCUGGCGAAGCCAAGGUCCAAGUUUACCUCCCACCCAACACAUUCACCUUUGGCAAAGAAGUUGCACCUCGCUACUGGCUGGAGAUAAAGAUCGAGGGUGACAACCUUAGGGAAAACUGGCAGAAACUCGUAACCACGAAGUCUGAGCCUAAACUUGUAGACGAAAACGAUCUCAUCGACUACCUACCUUGGUGGGAGCUUUACGAGGAUACCAUAUAUGAAGAGACCAUGGAUGCCGGUGACGGCCAGGACCAGAAGCGCCUCACACACGCAUCUAGCUAUCUCCACCCUCUGACAGCUCCAGAUGCUAGAGUUGACUUGGAUGAUGAAAAAUGUCCUACUGCACCUCAUGUCUUGGCUUCCACUGAAGCCAAGGUCCAGGCCAUAAAUAAGCGUAUAGCGGACAAGUAUCGCAAAACGAUGGCGAAACGGAGCCGUCCCAUGCCAGAGUCAAAGCUGCUCGUUCAACAAAUGGUAGAUCGUCGGCUGCGUCCUGAAGCCAAUAUAUACAUUCGCCCUAUUCAAGUCUCGGACGUUCUAGGUAUCACAGAGAUCUACAACUUUUACGUCAGGGACACCAUCUUCACAGCCGAGUUCGAUGAACGCACUGUAGCUCAAAUUGCUGCGAGAAUCAGUGAUAUUACCAGCGCAGGACUUCCAUUCCUGGUCGCCGUGUCCAAGAGCAAUCAGCACAGGAUCGACCCAGGCUAUGUGAACGAGAAGAUUGUCGGCUUCAUCAAUCUCGACGAACACUGUGGUCAGGCGACUCAAUUCCGCUACACAUUCGAGUUGGAGUUGUUUGUCCACCCGGGGUUCGUUUCUAAGGGAAUCGGCAAGUGCCUUGUGGAUCGACUUUUGGAGAUGGCCGAUACCAGCUAUCGCGCCCGUGGUGGAUACGAGUACGUCAACAACUUUGAGUAUCUCAAGACAGGGCCGUCAAGAGUUGUCAAGACCAUCUUGCUCAACGUUCACCACGAGAAUGGCGAAGACUUGGAUGCUGGUUGGCGAGGCAAAUUUCUAAGCGCUUGCAAGUUUGUCCGGGUUGGCAGACUUCCGAAGGUUGGACACAAGCAUGACAAGGUCAUCGACGUCUCGAUCUUUGCGCAUCAUACCAAGGAGGAUAUCGAUCCGAGCGCUCGUCCCACUGUAGCGGGCUAAACAUGGUCGUACAUGUUACUACCAACAACAAACAAUUUCGCUGUAGCGUCAAUCGUCGAGUACUCCAUCGAUGCGGAC